AGCGAGGUGAGUCGUGCGUGGGGAGUCCGUAAACUCUCGGCCGUCUUCGUGACACAAGAAACUUCGCCGCACGACAAGUGUCACUAUAAGCGUUGACGUACUUUUGUAACUUCACUACCGCGCGGUAUAUAAAAGCGAGAGUGUUAAAACUGGGCACGAGAGUGUCCAGUAAAAACAAUAAAUAACAUGAAAAAUAUCAAAGAAAAAGGUAAAUAUUUACGGUAAGACGGUAAACGAAGAUGAAAAAAAAUGUAUUUGGUUAAUUGAAAUGUCAGAGGCUCGUCGCGAUGAGCGUAUGCAGCAGCAACCACUACUCGAAGUUUCAUUUCCAUAAAUCAACGCGUGUGCGCCAGACUUGUGUGGAUUCGACAGUUCGAAUCUUCGAAUAAUUUCCAAUUCAGUGAGCACGUGUCAUCGCUUCCGUAUAUGCGAGAACAAAGAAAAGGUUUAAAGCUCGAAUGUACGCAAGAAUAUCCUGUGAGGAAGCCCCGUGAUUAUUGGCCAAAUCCAAAAAUUUUCUUACCUUUUUUUCUGUGAUAAACUACGAGAAUUAUUUUGUGUUUUUAUAACGUUGAGCGAUCGCUCGGAUGUUUACGAGUUGUAACAAUCGAAGUUGGAAUAACUUCAGACCGCGAGACACGCUCCUCUGUCGUUCGACACUUGAAAAUAACUUACGACACUAAGUUCGGGCGAUUUUUCGUUACAAAAAUGUGUUGAAAGUGAACGAACAACGAAAGAGAUUUGAAAAUGGAACGAACGGACGAGAACACACCGUUAUUCGUGGAGAGAGCAAUUUCUCUUUCUACGAGACUGUCUUACGCCCUUGGACACAUUUUCAACGAUCUUGCGGCGGCUAUGUGGUUCUCGUACACUCUUAUUUAUCUUCAGAGAAUCGCGUUGUUAGAGCCCAUCAAUGCCGGCGCUCUGCUUUUCCUCGGUCAAUUCGUGGACGCCCUGAUGACACCAGUUUUCGGUAUUCUCGUGGACCGUUACAGCAAGAAGAAAAUCUGGCACGUGAUUGGAUCGGUUCUCGUCACUUUUUCAUUCCCCAUUAUUUUCGGUAGCUUCGCCGAUGCGCUUACGCCAACUGCCAUGUUUGUUUACGUACUGAGUAUAACGCUUUUCCAAACUGGGUGGGCAGCCGUUCAAAUUUCUCAUCUUUCGAUGAUACCGGCUUUGACCAACUCUUCACUCGUACGGGCCGAUCUAACUGCCAUUCGAUAUUCAGCUCAAGUCGGCGCAGCCGUCAUCGUAUUUAUUGUAACAUGGAUCGUACUUCCAACGAAUGAAGAUUCCGUAACUCGUCUCGGGCUACAGGAUGCAUACAAAUUUAGAAAUAUAGUGCUCGUUCUAACUGCGGUAGGAAUCGUGGCGACGGUUUUUUUUCACGUUUUUUUGAAAGCGAAGCUCCUCGAUAGUGGCUCGAGUGAAAAAACGCGUCGAGAAAAUGGUACAGGAACACCAGAACUCGAGGAAUCAUCGAAAAGGCGAUCGUGGGUCGGUACGAGUCUUCUUCUACGAAUCGCUCUCCUCUAUGUCGCGAGCCGUUUGUUUAUAACACUUGCUACCGUUUAUCUGCCACUCUACAUCGAGGAAAUGGAGGUCGGUGGUAAACAAGCAUUGGCUACUGUACCAUUGACCUCGUAUCUUGCUUCGUUCGUUGCUGCUCUUGGACUAAAGUACAUUAACCGAUCGUGCGGUACGAAGGUUUGUUAUCUGAUUGGUGCUCUCAUCGGAAUUUUAGCCUCGAUAGUGACAGCAUUCGGUGGUAGUAACGAACUCGUCGUUUAUACUGUUGCAAUAUUAAUUGGAGCAGCGAGUUCGAUCACAAUGGUAACUGCUUUGAGCGUGACUGCCGAGCUCAUUGGACCAAGAACGGAAAAUAGCGCUCUCGUUUAUUCGAUCGUUACGUUUUUGGACAAAAUCGUAACCGGCGUCGUCGUCAUACUCAUUGAAAAAUGGCGUUGCAUCGAGAAGGAAAUUUGUCCAAAUUACAACAGAGACACGUUAUCGCUCGUAUGUGCUUCUUCAAUGUUGCUCGGUUUAGUGACUCUGAUGUCGGUGGCGCGUUGUCUAACUUGACAGAACUUCAAUAGCGUGGGAGCUGCAUUUUUAAACACGACUCAGAAAACAGAAAUCAAAUAACGUAUAGGAAGAAAAAUGAAAAUUGAAAAAAAUGUAAAUACGGUUGAAAUAAAAUUCGUACUUAUUAUAA